CAAAUGUGAGACCAUAACUGAGGGACUAUCAUCUUCAUAGUAAUCUUUGCAGUAGUUAUUGGGUUCUUUGAUGAAGACAAUGACAUGAAUGAAUCGAUCCUAUACCAUCCAUUCGUCCAGCCUGUUUAUAUCCUUAUAGUAAUCUGAUAUUUCAUUUUUAAACGAAGAUUUGGGCAAGAAAUGUUUGUAAUUCUCAUAAUGUCAGCUUAUUUCCUUCUGCUCUCAACAGUGUUCAACUUAAUAACUUUUAAUGAAGUUUUAGCUCAAGAUCUUGGAAAUAAAGGAUACUUAGAAGUAUAUUUUUGGGCCGUACAAGCUAUAAGUGUUGCAAUUCUAGUCAGGUUUAUAUUUCUAAUUAUUCAAGAAUGAAGGGGAAAUAGAACAGAGGAAUUUCACCCAGGCCUUCAGUACGAUGCUAAGAAUUAUUUCGAUCAAAUUCCGUCGAUUAUUUAUCAACCAUUUACCUCUCUAAAAUCUGAUGAAUGAGCUAUCUGAUUAACUAAGUACGAGCAAGACGACACAAUCAAAGUGAUGCCUGUGUGCUUCCAUACUUUUCAUUCUCAAUGCAUUAAAGCUUGGUUUGAUAAUAAUUCUACUUGCCCAUUUUGUAGAAGAGAUUUCACCCGACAAGAUAUCCAACAAUGAGAAAGUAUGAGUGAGGAUGAGAUCUACAGAUGCAUCAAAUCCAGUGAUGUCCGUCCAUCAUUAUUCAACAACCCCCAAAGAACUGACCCUAGAGCCUCUCUCAACACCCCAUACGACCCAAAUUUCAUCAGAUAGACAAAUUAUAACACAAAAUUUCCA